AUGGAUCCUCAUAUUCUCGCUUUGAUGAACGAUAGUCUCGAUUCUUUUUUAGAGGAUGAGACAGAAUGGACACCGAGUCAAGGUGAAGAAUUGAUGGACUCAGACGAUGAAACCGAUCUGUUAAUCGCCUCACGCCAGAGCGAUCAACAGGGAGGGAAUCCGUUAUUUUCAGUUAAUAUGGAGCGAGUCAGACCCCCGCGUUCGUUUCAUCGUGAUGUCGCUAUCCAGAUGAAUGUUCGAUUUUCCCUUCGGCAACUACGGCCUCCGAAUGGUGAAUUUCAAGGUGAGGCCGUCGCACAAGCAUUUCACCAGGGUUUAAUCAAUUUUAUUCGCGAUCCUCGCAAUGGCAUUACCAAUGUGGAGGAUUAUUCCCUUUCCAUGGCGAUUCAUCACAGCACGGGUUCACAUACAUGGACCAGCUGCCCCCGUUUGCCUUUAAGCGAGUGGAUCCAAGAUUCACCUUUAACGCGCCAAUGGUUGGAAAAACUUGCCAAACAGCUAAACUCCGCGGAAAGUUUCGAUGCCGCCAACGGUGAAUUUUACGCUGAACUGUCCUUUUUCAAGAACCGACAGCGUGGGGGUAGACCCCGAAAAAAAAAUCCUAGCAACAAGUCGUUUGAACAGUUGCUGGCAAAAAGAUACGUGAUUAUAAUCAAAAACAAAGAUGACCUGUGUUUCGCCCGCGCAUUGGUAUCGACCAAAGCCUAUGUGGAUCAAGAUCCGCGGUAUGAAAACAUUUCUCAAGGACGUGGGCAGCAGGGACAUCUGGCCUACAUGCUUCAUCAAGAAACCGGUGUUCCCGAAGGACCGUGUGGAUUACCUGAAAUUCAACGAAUUCAAGAACAUCUCGGCCCUCAAGGUUACCAGAUUAAAAUCUUUGAAGGGGUGUGUGGCGCUCUCUGGUACCACGAUGAGAUGUUUGAUUCUGCCCCGAAAAAACUGUGUCUGUUGAAAGUCGAACAUCAUUUUCACGGAUUAAGAAGCGUGCCGGCUCUCCUCAAUCGCAGCUAUUACUGUCACAAAUGUAACAAAGGCUACAAUCAGGAAGAUUCGGCUCAUCAUAAUUGUUCUCGACAGAACUGUGAAGCUUGUAGAAGAAAAAACGGAAAAUGUCCUGAUUUUAAAGACAACAAGCGUGCACUUGUCUACUGUAAGGACUGUGGUCGGUCAUUUUACGGACGACAAUGUUUUACCGCUCACAAGCAAAGCGCCGUUUGCGGCAUGUUUAAAAAGUGUCCUGAAUGUUGCAAAGUAUACAAGAAUUCUAAGAAAAAGAAGCAUGUUUGCGGGGAAUAUCGCUGCCCUAACUGUGGAGACAAAGUCGGCCCCAGCCAUCAGUGUUAUAUUCAGCCUUUAACAUCUGAAUUAAGCGACCUUCUAACAGCGCAACCAGAUGCCUUCAGUGACGAAGACCGAGCCCUUCUGGAAGAACUGGUCGAAGCAGAAAAAGCCGAGAAAAACAAAAAAGAAGAAGAAGACGAGAAACCGCCACCCCUUGUUUGUUGUAUUGAUUUUGAAUGUAGUUUGGAUGAGAAUCGGGAUUUUGAAGAUGUUUGUGUGGGCUGGCAGUAUGUGAAUGUGAGAGGUAGCUACCGCGAGGCAGGGAAGGCUUCGGAUAUGUUGAAUGAUGUGAUGGCUAAAACGGUCACGGAAGAUUUGAAGGAACGGCAGGUGUUUGUGUUUGCACACAAUAUGCGUGGGUUUGAUUCUUCUUUUAUUUGCAGUUGUUGUAUGAUAAGGGGUACAAGGUGGAAAAAGUGUUGA